CCACCGCGAUGCCGCCAUGCCAGGCGAGCGCUGCCUGCUCGAUGUCCUUGGCCCCACCAACAAGCACCGGUACGUGCUCGCGUCCGACAGCGCCGGUCUGCGCGCGGCCGUGCGGCGCGACGUGCUCGCCGUGCCCGUGUGCCACCACAACGAGCGAAACGUGCUGGUGCUGGAGCCCAUGAGCGACAAGACGCGCCUGCGGUGCGAGGAGCUCGAGCGGGCCAAGCUCGAUCUCUCGGCAGGUCGCACCGUGCUGGGCAAGCGCAGUGGCGACAUUGUCGGCCUCGACGACGACGAUGGCGAGCACCACCGCGACGUCGACGCCGACGAAGACGCGGCUGGAACCGUCCAUGACAAGGCCAAAGUGGCGCUACCGAGGAAGAAGAGGCCCAAGGGGCCCAAUCCACUCAGUGUGAAGAAGUCGACGUCCUUGAAAAAGAAGAAAGGAAAGGGUGGGGAGAAGCCGGCAAAGGAGCAGGGCGGCGACAAGAAGAAGGAUGGUGCGAGCGUGCCGGCGUCCCAAGGAGGGGCGCAAGGAGCAGGAGGAGAAGGAGGGGUGGGAGGUGGCAAAAGGAAGCGGCGAAAGCGUGGACAUGGCUCGGCGGCCACGGACCAGCCACCCUCCUCAUGAAUGCUGCCAAUCCUAGCACAACGAUUGUAUGAACACACGCAAGCUGUACAGUAGAACAACGAC